AUGCCGGAGAACUGUAUCAUUGCAGUCAACAAGUUGGGGGCGAGUGGAUGUACGAAUUCUGCUUUGUUAUGUUUUGGCGACCGCCAAGCAGCAACUGGAGGACAGCCGGGCGGAGCUGUGCGGGAGAAGCAAGCCCUGGAGCAGCGCCUGCAGAACUUGGAGCUCUCAUCGGCCGACCAGGAGGUGAAGCUGUGCUUGACAAAGGAGCGAGAAGGGCUGGUGGCUAGUCUGGCGACCGUCGAGCAGCAACUGGAGGACAGCCGGGCGGUACAUGCCCAGCUGAGGGAGGAGGUGCCCACCUUUCCAGCCGGUCCGCCCCUGCAGGUCAACCCUUGGAGUCCGUCUCUGAGGGCGUCUCUCCUCACCACCCUUCAGCCUCCCCUCACAGCCGAUCCUGGCUACCACCAACAUUCAGAGCUGCUGCACAUGCCAGCCAAGCUCAAGGCACUCAGGGAAGGGAAAGCAGGAAAGCCAGUGGACUUCCCCCUUGGCAGCAGGAACUACGAGGUGGAUCGGCUAUUGGGAAAGGGUGCACACGCAAAGGUGUAUGGAGCAAGAGAGACCCCAGCUGGGGUGGCAGAUACUGCUACCGAGAGCACUGUGGCCCUCAAGCUUCACGCCAAGCCAUGCCCCUGGGAGUUCUACAUCUACCGUCAGAUUCACAUGCGAAUCGACGGCCCACAGCGGCAACUGUUUGGCUCGGCAUCAGCCUACCACGAGUUCUCCAAUGCCUCCAUCCUCGCUUGCUCCCUUGGCACCAGCGGCACUCUGCAGGACGUGGUGAACGUGUUCAAGAGGCAGGGCAAGCCGGUGCCGGAGCCCCUGUGCGCGUUCUACACGGCGCAGAUGCUGAGAGCCGUGGAGGCCCUCCACGCUGCACACAUCCUCCAUGGCGACAUCAAGCCCGACAAUUUCCUGCUGCGAACUGACAUUGAGAACCCCAAGGAGAUGGUCGCUGCUAUGGAGACCGGUGCACCUUCCACGGGCCUCACCCUGGUGGACUACAGGCGCAGCAUUGACAUGCGGCAUUUCCCAGAAGGCUCCUCCUUUGUCUCUGACAGUGGCACGGAGAACUUCCAGUGUCCAGAGAUGGUGGAGGGGCGCCCGUGGACCACCCAGGCCGACCUGUAUGCAGUGUGUGCCACAGCCUACUGUCUGCUGCACGGGCAGUAUAUGGAAGUAGAGAGGGUGCUUGCAGGGGAGGGAGGCACUAUUGCCAGUGCCAGCGGAACAGCAGAUGCGGACAGUUUCGCUGACGAAAUCUCUGCUGGCUCUGAGAAGGAUAAGGGUGCUUACUAUCGCCCAAGGCUCCAACUCAAGAGGUAUUGGAACCAGGAACUGUGGCAUGCACUGUUCCACAUCUACCUCAAUGAGCCUGCGGGUCAGCCCGCUCCUCCUCCAACUCCAAUUCGCGGCCGUUUUGAGCAGUACACGGCCGACCAUGCAAGUGAUGUGUCUGUGCAGCUUCGCCGUCUGCGCAACCAGCUGUAG